CAGCACGUGGCGCACGUGGAGGGGGGCUGCGGUGUGUCGCGGGAGAUGCGUGCGAGCGGGGAGAUAGAAAAGAAAAAACCAAGAGGCUGCAAUAAGCUUCUGUAUGAGAUAGAACAUGGUACUUUGACCCUAUUUGGAAACAUUAAUGUACACUAUCAAAUAUAUCAAGUCAUCUUUGAAGCAUACCAGAAAGUCACAGUGCCCAGUUGUAAACAUUGCCAUUGGUCUAUGAGUACACACUCAAGGCAGUCUCAAACAAGCCACCAGUAACUGUACCUGCAUUGUUGCAUAUCAGUAUAGUCUAGCUGAUAUAUAUCUGGCAUGCUGUUUGUUAAUGUCAAAUUGUGACCCUGGGCAUAGAAAUGCCUUCUUUCCACACACAUACAGUCAGGUUUUUUAUACCUGAACCCAAGGCAAUACAUUGUGGUGCCCUGAACAAUGACACCAAGAAGCUAGCCAUUUCCAGAUCGGACAACUCAGUUGAGCUGUGGGAUGUGGGCUGCGCACUGGCACUGCGUGGCGCGCCUGUGCUGCAGGCGCGCCUGCCGGCAGCGCCUGGUGCCAGCGUGGAGGCGCUGGCCUGGUGUGCCGGGCGCCUCUUCUCCACUGGCCUGCAUGGUCACCUGCUGGAGCAUGGCGGCCACGGCCUGGAGGCAACAGCCAGCACGGCAGUGAGCGGGGGUGCCGCCUGGUGCAUGGCAGCUGAGCCUAGCCGCCAUCAGCUGGCUGCUGGCACUGAGGAUGGCCAGGUGGUGCUGCACCGGCUCGGCGACGAGGGUCUCGUCUUUGAGAGGAAGCUCACCAAGCAGGAGCGCCGGAUCUUGAGUGUGGCCUGGCACCCGGACGGGCGACACCUGGCGGCCGGCUCCGUCAACACGGCGUGCCUGCACGACGUCGAGACGGGGGCGCUGCUGUCGCGCAUCGCCGUCGGCCGCCGGCCCGGCCGGCGCGAGACGCUCGUCUGGAGCGUGGCGUUGCUGUCCGACAUGACGCUCGUCACCGGCGACUCCAGGGGCCGCGUCUCGUUUUGGAACGGCCGGCUAGGCGCUCUGCACAUCUCUCUCAGCUCCCACAAGGCAGAUGUGCUGGCGGUGGCGGUCGGCGCCGGCGGCGACGCCGUGUUCGCCGCCGGCGUCGAUCCCACCAUUGCGCGCUUCGAUCGGGUGGUGGGCGCCCGCGGCGCCGCCGCCUCCUGGGUGCGCUCGACGCGCGUGCAGCUGCACGUGCGCGACGUGCGUGUGCUGAUCGGCGCCGACCGCUGGCUGAUCUCGGCAGGUGUGGACGCAGCUCUGGUGUUUGACAUGCAGGGAAGUAACAAGGACACCAUCCGGACGUCUCCGCUCCCACAGCUGGGCAACGUGCUGCCGGCGCCGGCGCUGCCCACGCGGCUGCGGCUGCACCGGCUGGACGUGUCUGGGCCGCGGCCCAGUCUGCAGCGCGUGCGCAGCCUGCCAGCGCCGGCCGCCGGCGCCGCCCACCAGCUACGGUUCACGCCCGACGCCGGCUGCGGGUGCGGCACCCGCGUGUUGCUGCACGAUGACAGCGGCGUAUGCGCGCUGGACGCGGCCGCCGGAGAGGAGGGCGGCUUGGACAAGAAGAGGGCCCGCUCCGCCAAGGGGCGCCGGAAGGUCACCGAGGUGGAUCAGCCGGCCGGGCCAGACAACAGCGUUGUUAUCACCGACAAGUACCGCCACCUGCUCUACCUGGGCAGCUUGGGAGAAGACCAGCUGCUGGCAGUGGAGGCCCCAGCCGCUCGUGUGGAAGAAAAGCUGCCGCCUGCGCUCCGGCGCAAGCGGUAUGGUGUGGCAUGAGCGUGCUGCAGACUGUACAUCAGCCAUCCACCAAUGCCUUGCUGCGACUGCUGUGUACAAAUAAUACAUCUCUUG